ACUUGUUUUAUUGGAGGUUCAAUCCGUGAUAUAUUCGAAAAGGAACAACAGGAAGAAACAAACGAAGUAUACCUUGGUAAAAUUUUUCCCCCCUUUUGAUCGAUAAAUCCAGCUCCAUCCAUUCGACUCGACAUACAGCCGAAAGAACUCGAUAAUUUGAUAAAAUAUCCCUCUCUCGCUCUCCAUUCCCGCCCCUAUCAGCUCCCUGGUCUAGUACCUUAGAAGCCAAGAAGCAAGGAAACUAGAGCUUUCGCUUUCCUUUCCUUUCUCCCCUUCCCCUCCGACGAAUACGUCCCCUAUUCCCUUGGUCAGGGCCCCUUUCAGUGACCCCAACGCAUCCAAUUGAAGCUCCCGCCAGCCAUGUCUGUUACUCAAAUCUCGCCCGCGGCGGGUGCGCCGAAACCACUCGAGAAAAAGCCCAUCAAGUUUAGCAAUCUGCUACUUGGUGCUGGUUUGAAUAUGUUCGAGGUUACCACGUUGGGACAGCCUCUGGAAGUGAUCAAGACGACCAUGGCCGCCAACAGAAGCGAUUCUUUCGCCGGUGCCAUGCGUCGGAUUUGGGGUCGUGGCGGUGUACUUGGCUACUACCAAGGCCUCAUUCCAUGGGCCUGGAUUGAGGCGUCUACUAAAGGCGCAGUCCUCCUCUUCGUCGCAUCCGAAGCCGAAUUCUACGCCAAAUCAUUCGGAGCCAACGACUUCGUCGGCGGCAUCAGCGGCGGCAUGGCUGGCGGCAUCGCCCAGGCCUACGCCACCAUGGGCUUCUGCACAUGCAUGAAAACGGUUGAGAUCACCAAACACAAGCUGGCGGCGUCGGGCGUGAAGCCUCCCGGCACCUUUGCGACGUUCAUGGAUAUUUACCGCAAGGAGGGGAUCAGGGGCAUUAACAAGGGGGUUAAUGCGGUGGCGAUUCGACAGACGACGAAUUGGGGCUCGCGGUUUGGGUUAUCGAGGUUGGCGGAGACGGCGAUCAGGAGGGUUACUGGGAAAGAGGAGAGUGACAAGCUCAGUGGGGUUGAGAAGGUGAUUGCGUCGGGGCUUGGUGGUGGAUUGUCGGCGUGGAAUCAGCCGAUCGAGGUUAUUCGGGUGGAGAUGCAGAGUAAGAAGGAUGAUCCCAACCGGCCCAAAAAUUUGACGGUGGGGAAGACUUUGAAGUAUAUCUAUGGCACCAAUGGGCUGAAGGGACUGUAUCGUGGCGUUACGCCGCGGAUUGGGUUAGGCAUUUGGCAGACUAUCUGCAUGGUUGCCUUGGGUGAUAUGGCCAAGGAGACCGUCGAGAAACUGACUGGUGAACAGGUCACCGCCAAACACUAGAAGGUGGGACCAUAAAUACAUGGACGGCGGCUGGCAAAAAUCGUGGAUUCGUGUGAUAUCCUCAAAGUCAAGCUCAGCUCACUUUGACAUCCAACGCGCUGUAUUUCCGCGAUAUCUUGAGCGUUGGAUUAUUGUAUACACUACUUGUUACCAGCCCGCCUAUUUUCCCACAACAGGGAUUACUCCCACCAUUUUAAUAUCGCCCAUUCCUUGCUUUGAUUUUCUGCCUGGAAUUAACACCUGUAUACAUUUUUCCCCCCCAUCUCUUUUUGUUUCUGUGUCAAUCCCAGGCAUGUUAAGUGCAAUAUGUAUUACCCACAAUAAUGUUAUAGAUAGAAUCGGUUCGUAGUUUCAUUUCUAUAUCCUUGAUGAUAAUGUGCAUAUAUAUAUAUAU